GUCGACCAUUCGGAGCUAAAAAUGGUCAUGGUGUAAUCGAACUAAAUCUGAACGAUUCGAUACAACUGUAGUGCACAUGAUAAAUACACAAACAAACAAAUAAAAAUGAAUAAGAGUUUACCGCCUCGUAAAUUAGAUAGUUUAAUAAAACAUUGGCAGCGACGCUAUGCAACAGAACAAACACCAACUAAAACACAGGCGCGGCCUAAAAAAAGUCCUGUGUACGUCGGUCUUACACAACCGCCAAAUCCGGAAUCGGUGAAUAGCGAUUACAUUGGUCCCCCGGAUGUCAAGUCCAAUCUGCGACCGUAUAUUCGACAUUAUGAUGAGAAUGAAACAGAGAUGGCCAAAAAAUUGCGACUGUUACGCAUUGAUGUCGAAAAAUGGAAUAUGGAUUUCUGGACAAAGCAUAACAAACGAUUUUAUGAGGAAAAAGAAGACUUCGUCCGUCUACACAAAUUGAGUGGAUCCGACGAAAUAACGGCCGAUCAAAUGAGUGUGUUUUAUAAAUCGUUUUUAGAUAAAAAUCGACGCAUGCAUAUGAUGUACAACAUUUCAUGGUAUCUGAAAAAUUUUGACAUGUUGACGUUAGCGUUCGCUGUGAAUGUGCAAAGCUCCUUAAACCGAUUCAGAAGAAAGACGAAGCAAUAGAUCCAGAUACAUUAACAUACAUGUAUACAAUCAUAGUAUACGCACAUAUGCUAUUAACUACAAAGCACACACAAUUAAGUGUACAUACAUUAUGAAAAGAAAGAAACAAACAAAAAAUUGUUGAAAUUUAGUUAAAUUGUUUAUCUAGCAAACAAAUGAUGGAUGUAUCGUAAUAAACGCAAAUCAAUUGUAAAAAAAAA